CCUUUUUUGAAGCCAUCAAAACUCAAUUUCCCAGAAGUCCCUUCGGUUUUAUUUUCUGGUCACUUCCACUGUGAAAAAAUGUCAUCUUGAUGAUGAAUGCCGCAGUUAGUUCCAGUAAUGUUUGCUUCGCUCGGACGGAGGAAAGUUGCUGAUUACCCAGAAAGCUCCGCUGUGGACGAAGGUUUCUGCCGCUGCGCGUGAGCGAACAGGUCUUCAUCGAGGACGUGAGGAGCGCGGCGGCUCUCCGGGUGCUACUUUAGUGCAGACAGAAGAUGGAAGCUGAACGUUCAGCCCGCGCUCGUCCGUGUGGAGCUGACCCCGUCAGUUAACUCAUGUCAGCCAGUCUGCUCGCGAUCACGGGACCCGCUGCCGCUCCGCUUUAGGCCGCCUUUCGGAGGGAAACUUCCGCCAUGGAGGAAGUUGACAGGAUUCUGAUUCACGCCCUGAGGCAGGUCGGGACCGACGUGGACGAGGACGUGGACGGCGUCAGACAGUUCACCAGCGAGCUGCUGGUGGAGGCCGUGGUCAGAUGCAUUCGAGUGAUCGAUCCCGGCCUGGGCGGCGCGCUGGCCCCCUCCCUCCCUCCCGGCAUGUCUGCGCGCUUCCGAGUGGGCAUGAGCCUGGCUCAGGCCUGUCAGGACAUCGGCUACAAAGGCGAGAUCGGCUACCAGACCUUCCUGUACAGCAGCGAGCCGGAGAUCCGCUCCCUGCUGAUGUUCCUGGUGGAGAAGCUGCCCAGAGAGAGCGCCGAGGCCUCGGCCCAGCCCUCAGGAAAGUCUGCGGUCCUCCAGAGAGCCAUCGCUGCUGCCGUCAGAGCCCAGCUGGACCUGGCCUGGGUGCCUCCAAACUGCAGGCUGCCUCUGCACUGUGAAACACAGAGUGGAGGAGCGUUGAACAGCUUCUACACUCGGACCCUCAGCUCUCCUCACUGCAUGAAAGACUCGAAGACGACGGACCUCAAAGAGGUGACAGAAUACCACCGAGACGUUCUUGCUCCAGUGACUGCUCAGUGUUCCAGCGGCGCCACCAUGGCGGCGUCCCUGUUGGAGCAGCACGCCGCAGAGCUGAGCGCCGCUCAGGAGUGGGACAGCGAGUGGAAGAGUCAGGGCCUCCUGUCCCGCCUCACUCCCCAGGAGUACCGCUCCAGGAAGCUGGCCCGGCUGCAGAAACGCAUACAGGAGCAGCUGCGCUCCGCCGCGCAGCCCGCGUCUGAAAGUGCCUUUCCUCGCGCUGCCUCCGACCUGUCUGAUGUCCUCCAGUCCUUCAGAGGCUCCGCCCCCUCUGAAGACCUUCUGAUGAAGGGCACCCACUUCAGCCACACUCAGAAGUUCACCUUCACACAGGAGGCGCCAGCAGCAGCGGCGGCGGGCCCCAUCCUGAGCGCGCGGGAGUUGGGGGGCGACGUGCAGCUCCGGCAGCAGGAGGAGCUGUCUGCUCUGCAGCUGCAGUUCCAGCAGCUCUGCAGUGACGUGGAGCGCCUAGCAGCAGACAUGAAGCACGCCGCCGUCACUCAUGCACAGGCGCUGGACGAGCUGAAGCAGAGGGAGCUGGGGAACUCUGAGAAGGAGGAGAAGCUUCAAGUCAAGAAGAAAACUAUCGGCCUGUUGCCAGACGCCGACGCCAACGUGGUCCAGCUGCAGUCUCUGGUGGAGGCCAGCGCCAAGCGGGUGGUCAGCCUGGCGUCUCAGUGGGAGAAGCAUCGAGCUCCACUCAUUGACGAGCAUCGCAGACUCAAGGAAAUCUGCAGCCGCCAAGACCUGGAGUCUUCCAGAAAGCUGUCGGAGAUCAAGUCUCUGCACGAGAAGAUCCACGUGUCCACAGAGGAGGCCAAGAAGAAGGAGGAGACGUACAAGCAGCUGGUGACGGAGUUGGAGAGUCUUCCUCAGGACGUGUCCCGGUCAGCAUACACUCAGAGGAUUCUGGAAAUCGUCAGCAACAUCAAGAAGCAGAAGGAGGAGAUAACGAAGAUUCUGUCGGACACCAGGGAGCUGCAGAAGGAGAUCAACAGCCUGACGGGGAAACUGGACCGCACUUUUGCUGUGACGGAUGAGCUGGUCUUUAAGGACGCCAAGAAAGACGAAUCCGUCCGAAAGUCCUACAAGUACCUGGCGGCUUUGCAUGAAAACUGUAACCAGCUGAUCCAGACCAUCGAGGACACGGGCACGAUCCUGAGAGAGAUCCGAGAUCUGGAGGAGCAGAUCGAGACAGAGAAUGGGAACAAAACGGUGUCAAAUCUGGAGCGGAUCCUGGAGGACUUCAAGGCCAUUCGCCAGGAGAACGCUGCACUCGCUGCCAAAGUCAAAGAGGGCUGAGCUCCUGGCUGAAGAGCUGAGGCUGAAAGCCACGCGGUGCUGGAUGGAGGCGGCUCUCCCUGUGGUUGCAGGCUGUGAUUUUCUAUAGAGAGACAGCAAAACUAAUCCAGAAAUGUAAUGUGCACGUGGACGGAGCGCGCUCAUUCCCAGCUGAACCAGAUUCACUGUUUGGGGCUUGAAAGCUGCAUCACACAGACUGCAGAGGCUUUCACAGAACCACGAUUUCCUAACACGAGUCCAGUUUCAGACCUCAGCAGUUCUGUCAUGAUCAUAUUUGACCUUAAAUGAGGAGUGAAUGGCAUUUGAAUGUAAUCUAAAUGAAAGCUGUGGAGACGCAGCACAAAAGUAUUGUUGUGUGCAAACAUGAAUAAAGAUGCCUUACACAGGGGGAA